CCUAGGACACUUGACUUCAACUCCACAUUGCUGUACUACCCUAUCGAGGCCUACUCUGCGGCUCCAAUGAUCCUGGGCAGUAGCGACAGCUCCGUGUACUGGCCCUUCUACGCAUCCCCGUACAUGACGGCCUUGCAGACGUCAGAGCAGACCAUCAACAGCUCCAUGGAUCUCUGAGGACAGGUCAAGGUGCCGGACAUCAGAUCCUUGCAGGGUUACGAGCCAAGCAAUUCAACCACGCGGUGGUAUGACAUUAAUAGUGAGGACGAAGUCGCCUACGCCUCGCUGCUUGGGACACCGAUAAUCGGCAUACCGGAAGCCAGCAAUACAACCUUCCACAUGGUCUCGUUCUACUGGUCUGUCGACUGCGACGCUGCCACCGUGGAUCCAAUUGGACCGUGGCUGCAAGCCGGUGCCGCCCUCAACUCCACCUCCGCAUCUUCCACACCCGUGUGGACUUUUGAUCUCAAAAUCAACUCGAGCGCGAAGCACACCGCCUUCUUCACCUACCAGUCGCGGAAAGGCGAGAAACUCGCCCGCGCCAACUCCUCCACAGUACACUGCCGCGCGGAAGCCCCCGUCGUCGAGUCGCGCGUCGAGUGCGUCAACAAAGACCGCGGCGUCCGCGCCAUGCGCAAGCUCAGCCGCGACUACGUCUUCUCCGCCGCCCGGCCCCCGGCCAGCCUCUUCCUGCAGACCAUGUUCCUCGCGCGCGCCGACCUGGGCGCCACGCAACUGCGCCCGCGCCAGAGCCAACCAACCGAGUUCUUCAUCGCCGGAUGGGAGGACAGAAUCACCCGCGAGGGCGAAGGCUGGAUCGAGACGGCGCACAUCCCCGCAGACGUCCUGAGCGCCCGCUUGCAAACCGCCAUCAACACCUUCUGGGACGCCAGUCUGGGGAACGGCUUCAGCACCGCGAAGCUAUCCUCAGACCACCCGCCUUCCGUGUGCCCGCUCGAGGCCUCUGUCGGCGGGACAUGCGCCGACCGCGGGUUCGCGUGGAACACCACGACCGCCACGAGCCGCCGUUUCGACGGCGCCGCGUACACCUGCCACAUCCCCUUCGCGCUCACCGUCAUGCUGAUCUCUUCGCUCCUGCUCAUCGCCGCCAGCGUGUCGACGGUCCUGGGCUUUAUCACCACCGCGCCGGAUGUCCUGGGCUACGUGUCGAGCGCGGCGCGCGACAGCGCGUGGUUCGCGGGCCAUGCGGUGCCGUCGCAUUUAUCUGGCUUGGAGGCCGCGCGGCUACUGCGCGAUGUGCGGGUGAUGAUUGGAGACGUCGCGGGGAAGGCGGAGGUUGGGCAUGUGGCGUUUGCGGUGAUGGUUGUGCUGCCGCAGAGGUUGGUGAAGGGGAGGUUGUACGAUUAGGUUGAGGUGUGGGAGUAGUGUGUGGGACGCUGUAGAUGAAUUCAAUGUACUAUAGCUUGUAGAAAACAUGGUCU